AAGAAGCAAGCAGACGAGACAAAGGAAGGGCAGGUAAGCGAGCGAGGGAUUCCAUCUCCCCACGCAUCUCUCUCUCUCUCUCUCGCGAAAGACUUCUACCGACUAGGAACUUCCUGCUACACGCUCUCGCCAGCAAUUUCCUCUCUGUUUUGCACCACCACCGUCACGAUGGAUCCCAAGCCUUCACCAACCCCACAAAACGCCAAUGAAAUCCCUAAUAAACAGGGACAAAGAGACUUUUUGAAUCAUUUAGAGGUAUACCUUGCAAAGCGAGAUGGGGUUGACAAGCUCCUCAAGAUCUCACGUUACGCAACCAAGAUCAUCUUAGCCUCAUCCGUCCUCCCCGAAACCUUAAUCGUAACGAAACGACUCAAGAGUUUCGAAUCAAGUGUUGGACUCAGUCGCAAAGCAUUCCGACUUGGGAAAUUCGUUCAAGAUGUCAACGCAUUAAGAGGCUCUCAUUUUGAUUCAAAACAAGAAAUCGUCCUUUCCUUCAUUGCCUAUGGAGGUGAAGGUUUGUAUUAUUUUGUGGAGCAAUUUGUUUGGUUGGCUAAAUCGGGGUUGAUCGAUAGCAAACACUCCAAAAGUUUAGGAAAAAUCAGUGCUUGGGCGGAGUUUAUUGGAUAUGUUGGGAGCAUUUCUUUGAAAUUUAGAGAUUUAAAGAAAUUGAGUGAAGAUGAGGCGUGCCUGGAAUCCAGCGUUGAAAUUGCAGUCACGAGAGGAGUUGGGCGUCAAGAGGAGGAGAGGAGAUUGUGGAAGCUGAGAGAGAAGAAACUGAUGAAGAAAUUAUCAAUUGUGCAGGAUUUUGCUGAUGGGCUAAUGGCUCUGGCUGAUAUUCGUGAUGGCAGAGGGCAAUUUUCAGGCCCCCUUUUGGUAUCUUGUGCAGGCCUUUUAUCUGCUCUUAUUAGUACUCAUAAGAAUUGGGUCUCUUGCUGAGAUUGUCACUCAUCGUGGAAGGUAUGCUGUUAAGGAAUUCUUCUUCUUCUAAAGACGUGAAAGUAAUUAAUUGAUUCCAAAUUGCAAUAAGAGAUGUGCUAAUUCUUCAACUGUUGGAUUUGAAUAAUAAAGUGAUAGCCUUUGGAAAUCAGUAUACCAUUUUUUACAUGAAUAUGGAUAUGCAGCUGCAGAAGUAACUCGUGGUUUUCAGAGUGAGUCCUGGAUGCCUAAAGCAUUACAGGAAACAAACUGUGGUUUGCAGGGAUAUCCCUGCUCCUGCUCCUGGUUUGUUCUUGUCCUUGCUACCCUUCCAACCAAACGAGAUAAGAGCAUUUUGAUUUUUCAAGUUUUCUCUCCAGGAAUGUUUGCUCCAAGUGAAUUAUUGAUGCGUAAAUAUCUUCGCUACGUGAUUGUUAUUAAGGUUCAAAAUAGCAAUGCUUAGACAGCACUCAAAUACCUCUAAUCCAUUGAACUGUGAUUCUUGCCAGAGUGAUGAACAAUUGUCAGUUUUGAACUCGUGGGUUUUUGCACUCCAGUAGACAUCUAUAAUGGACAUGGAAACAAUUGCAAA